AUACAGUUAAUGUAACCAGUCUUUAUUUUAAUAACUUUUCCUACAGAUUCAGUUUCCAUAAGAAUUUCAUCUACUCCAAGUUCAAUCUGCAUGGGUAUAGACAGAUUCUGAUCGAUCUCAUCUCAGUAAUUAUUGGCCAAAUUUACAUAAUUAUCUACAGCUUUUUUCCGGACUAUCAAUCAUCGAUAUUUUCUGGUCAGAGAUCUUUCUUAUCUCUUUAUUGAAAGGCCUUCUCAUGGACAUUCUCUUGGUUCAUCAAUUACAACACCAUCAUUACUAUCUUGAUAGAAAUCUUCAACAAACAAAACAUAUAGUAAUACCGUUAAUAUCUAACAAAAUUGAAAGCUGAAAACUGUAUCAGUUCUGAAGCAAAUGAAUAUUGGCCCUAAAUCAAACCAAUCUCCAAUGAAACCUGGACGCAUCCAAAGGAUUGUUUCAAAAUUUGGUUUGCAUCAACCCAAAUCAUGAUGGGAAUUUCGGGAAGCCUAAAAUUAUGUAUUGAUUGACUGGUUAAUAUUUAAUUAUAUGUAACUUUAAAUGGACAACAAAGUGAACAAGUUAAAUUGUUCACUUGAAUUUGUCCUUCAAUUGAUUAACUUGCCAUUCCAAGGUUGCCCAGAAAUUAAACCUCACAAAGUAAUCAUUCCAAAAUCAAGAGAAAGUCAACAUUUUGAUCAACCCAAAUUAACCUAAAUAACACCAGAUUUGGUAAACCUUGUUGAUAUCUAAAAGUUCACUUGCAAAGACGUUCCAACAAUUGAAAUCAGCUAUUUACCAUGCCAAUCAUAAUAACAGUUUAUGCAGCUAUUUUAAUGAUGAUAUUGGUUAUGACGAGGAUGACAAAGAUGAUGAUAAUCAACAUAUACGAUCUCAAUAUCUCAAGAAUUGAACCGAUAGACCGGUUUGUAUUUAACUUGGAUGAGUUGAGAGAGUUGAAGUGAGUGCAGUGAGAAUUGACUGAAAUGUAAAUAAAUAGAUAAAUUGAAUUGUUGAUUAUUACAAUUAGCAGUACCAGUAAUAGUAGCAUUAGCUGUAUCACUGGUUGUAUCACCAGUUGUAUCAUUAGUUAAUCACAAUUGUUGGUGCAGUCUGAAAAGGAUAACUAGUGAUAACUGUGAAUAGUGAACAUCCAAUAGAUCUAUUGUUAUUUCAAUAGGUUUACUUUGGCUACAGGUUUAUACAAUUACAACCAGAAAAGUUAAAUUGUUUCCCAUUAUAUCAAGUGAUUUGCUAAUAUGAAUAAACCAGCGAGUCCAAAUAUGUCAAAAAUCCGUAAAUUGUUGGCAGCGCUUUGCCACCUGAAAGUUGAUGUUUAUUAUUUACUUUGCAUGUUACCCUUUGCCUUACCAAUGGUUACCUUUACCCAAUUUGCUCAAGACAAAUAUUGCCUGAAUGAACACAAAUUGGGCUGGGAAAUUUGUAAAGAUUUAGCUGAAUUAAGUGAUCCUGAUUACGAGGAGAGUAAAAAUUCAGUUCUACAAUCAGUUACAACUUUAAAAAAUUACCAAAUCAUUACAACAACAGCUCCUGGUAUACUUUACCCACUGUUUCUUGGAUAUUGGAUUGACACUUAUCCCAACCAUUUGUAUGGUUUGCUUGUGAUUGCGCCAAUUGGUGGUUUUGUUGCCAAUUUAAUUUGCUGUUACAAUUGUAUUAGAUUUGAUUUAGCUCCAACAACCAUAUUAUAUUCAUAUGUAUUGGAAGGAUUGCUUGGAGGAUUGACCGUCCCAAUGACCGGUUGCUAUACAAUAAUAACUCGGACAACACCGAGUCAUUUACGUUCACUCAGAUUUGCUGUAAUGGAGUUUUUCAUUUCUUUGUCUCCAUCGAUCGCAACUGUUGCCGGAGGAAAGUUACUAACAUUGGACCCAUGGAUUCCUAAUCAAUACCGUAAUUAUGUUGCUGUAUUUGGAUUGACAUCAUUUUUCUGGGGAUUGGCAUCUAUUUGGGCUUUGAUCUUUCUGCGUGAUGCUGGGAAACAAUCGAUUGAAAGAUCACCUUCAGAUGACUUGGAAACAAACCCAGGGAUUAAUCGUCAAGCCGAGAUGAGAUUAUCUAUUCGUUCAUUGGAAAGACCAAAUAUAAGAGUGAAUUCAACCAAGAGCAAAAAGGAUGGAUUGUUAUCAAUAUUAGCAGAUAUAUUUAAUCCUAAAAGUGUUACCACAAUGAUGAAAACUUGCUGCCGUAAACGUGAUAAUUAUGGAAGAGCCCAAAUUUGGCAUUUAAUAGCAAUGAUGACAGUAGUUUUGAUUUCAAUGAAAGGUGAAGACUCUAUUGGUUACCAGUUUACACAAAAAGUACUCAAUUGGUCUGCCGAUGAAUACUCAGAUCGAUAUGCUUUCCUUUCACUUGCACCACCGUUUGGUACCACUUUGGCCACUUUAAUUUUGGUUCCAACAUUAAAACUGAGUGACACUGUUUUUGGCAUUAUAGGAUCACUGUCACUGGUAAUAUCAUUGACACUCAAAGGCGCUCUCUUAACUUCCCUUGGAUACUACUUAGCGUUUGCUACAUGCAUUUUUUCUGGAUUGGCCUCAAUCUCAAUUCGAUCCAUUUUGUCUCGUAUUAUCGCACCAAAUGAAGUCGGUCAACUUUAUUGUAUAUUAUCGUGUAUUGAAGGUGCUGGACCAAUGAUUUCCUCAAUUUUCCACUCAGCAAUAUUCAAGCCAACUUUAGCAAUAUUACCUGGAAUGGCUUGGCAUGCUGAUGCAAUUAUAAUGCUUUAUCCACUCGCUGUUUAUAUUUGGUUUGAUAUAACCCGAUCAAGAUGGGACAAAACUUACAAGUUAAAAGCCAAGCCAAGGAAACAGAUUGAACCAUCUAAACCUGAAGUCACACCAAAUGGACCAAAUGCUAAAGUUGCUGAAAACUCUAUUGAACUGGAUGAAAAAUCUAGUCAACAAGUUAAAUAUUAAACUUGUCUAAAUAACCACAAUCGAAACUAAUCUUAUUGCCAUAAUUUACCUAAUCACUGUAAAUAUACACUUGACAAAUGCUAAUGAUUAAAGCAUAAGUACAAGUAGAUAUAAUCUGAAUUUGAGUUUAUACAUAAUAUAAUUAUUAUCAUUAAAUUAUGAUAUUCAGCCAAAUGUAACUUUAUUAUCAAUUAUCUUCAAGUUGCAUUUGACAUUUACAUUAAGAUAUUUAUAAUAUUCAUGUUUUUUGUCUUUAUUAUUCCCUCAUAGCUCUGAAUAAACUCAUUACUUUGUCAAUUGUAUUCGAUUUGAACAUGAUGUUCAUGAUGAAAUGUAUGAUAUUUAUGAUGUAACAAAAUUAAGUUAAAGAUUCAUCUCGAUAUCAGAAAAGUCUUCAUUUCUGUUAAUUAGUUUCGUCUAUCUGCAAAUUCAAUGUAACAAUGAUGAGUUACUCAAAGAUUGCCAUUUCAUUUUUGUUUUGAUUAACUAACAAUCUUUUAAAUCAUAAUCUUGACAUUUAGCCUUUCAGAGCAAGUUAAUUAUAUUUUUGGCAAAAUUUUUGCACAUAAUUAUAAAGCUUUUGUAAAUAU